UGUGUACAAUCUUUGACUGAAUUCUAUUCAACAAAAUUAUUUCAUUGUCCACUACCAGUGAUAGUAAUUUUCAUUGGAGCAUUGUAGUAUGUCUGUCCCUCCUCCCCCCUCCCCCUUAAAAACUGCAAUUUCUCUUCUUCACUUUCCUCAUUAAUUUUAAAAAGAAAGUUUGAAUUGUUAUAAUCAGAUUGUAAUAGUUUUAACAUAUUUUGAAUCUCGUGUGGAUGAAAACAAAAAUUGUUCUCCGUUGCCAAGUGUAACCGGAAGUUAUUUUCACAAGUGUCGAAUCCCAAGCUUGAGAGUUGUUUAACCAAAUCACCUCACUGACAAAGGUGAGUGGUGAGCAGCAUGGCAACAGAGGCAGAUAUCUCACAUGUUCGGCCCCCAGAGCCAAUUAGCAUCACAGUGGUGAGAGCUAAAAAUCUGAGGGGCUCCAAAGGUGAUACUGUGAAUGCUAUGGUAAAAGUCGAGUUUGGAGACAAGCCACUUGGAGAGAGUCCAAAAGUAGACUGCACUCAAGAUUCUCCCGCUGAAUUCAAUUUUAGCACCAAUCUUAACUGCACUUAUGAUGAUCCCGUGGCGCUUGAUGAAAUCUCGUACAAGCCAGUUGUUUACGAAAUUACUUACAGACCACUUGUUGUGACUGUAACAGAAGUAUUGCCUAAAGAAAAGAGACAGAAAGAGGAAAAAACAAACAUCCUUGGCCAGUGCUGCAUCGAUCUUAUCUCCUUUGUGAGAGGAGCCACUGAGCUGGAGCAGAGUCUAAUCAUCAAUCCAGUAGCUGGUUCCCCUCUAGAAACUGCACCACCUGAGGCCCCAAAGGCAGAGCUGGAUAUCAAGGUCACGGUGAAUGAACCACUGCUGGAUGAGGCUCAGCUGAAUGACGGGAACCUCAUGACUGUGUCUGUUGGCAGCUUGUACUCUCCACCUGACACCUGGACUCUGACUGGCACACAGUACAUGUACGGCACUGCCUUGCCAGUGCCCAUCUCAGCUGAUAAAGAGGUGCCUGUUGUGUUCAUCAAUGGAGUCCUCAAGCCAGGACAAGACAAAGAGAUCCCGAGUAAACAGAAGAAAUGGGCUGUGCCGGGAUCAGCUCAAGGCAAUGCAGUUCUCAUGCCAGACAAGUUCAUGUUUUCUGAUCCGAUUGAAGAUGAAGAUGGGGAUUUUAAGGCUAAGGAAGACCGUGACAACAGACAGCAAGCUGAGACAGAAAAAAAUCGAGUCACAUGGAACAUGGAACGUCGCUGCUACUUAGAGACCUCAGCUGUGAGAGGGUUUCAAGAUACCAUCGCCAAAAACCGCUACUGGCCCGUGGAAAUCAUGAGGAUGCCACAGCCUGCCGCGGGGAAAGGCAAAAAGGGAUAUUCACGAAGGGAGGAUGACAGUAGUAUCAGUUUCCAUGGCGUGGCCUUUCUUAACCUGGCUCCCCUGCUUUAUCCAGGAGUAAAACGCAUCCGAGGUGCAUUCAAGGUUGUUGCAUAUACUGACUAUUGUUUGAAUGAAAAGACCAAAAGGAAGACGGGUAUUUCUGAUGAAGCCACAAAACUUGCGUUUAACAUGCUGAACCGCGCUUCCGCAUCUCCUGCUCCAAAGAAAGGUGGCAAAGAGAAGGAGGGAGACAAGAAAGGCGAUGUGAAAAAAGGGCCAGAGCCAAAAGAGGCUAAAAAAAGCGUUACGCGCUCCAAUAGUGUGUUGCAGCACUCGAGUGAGAUGGAGACAUCUCAAGGCAAGUCUGACACGGGGUCAGAGGCUGAAGGUCAGGCUCCAGUGAACAUAGAAGGCCAGCAGUACACAGAGGCCCGCUCAUACAUCAUGAUGGAGAUCUGCUUGGACAAACCGCUUGUGCCCAAGAGGCCUCCAGAGGCACUCGCCAGAAGGGUGGCUGAGUUGAUUCCUCCUCGACCGAUGUUUCCCAAGCGCACAGAUGGAGCCCAGAGGGCUGUGGAGGACUACCAUUCUCAAGUGGCUAGCGUGGCAAACUUGAUACUGGAUGAGUUCAGAGAUCUCUUUGGAAACGAACUCAAGGAGGGUGAACCUCAGACAAAUGAGGCAAUGGAGGCACGCCGCCAGAAGCUCAUCUAUGAGCUGAAUUCCUCUGGGAAAUAUUUUGCUUUCAAGGAACAACUGAAGCAUUCAGUAGUGAAGAUUGUCAGAGAGAAAUAUCUGAAGACCUCUGGUUUUGAUGACAGACAGGAACUGCAGACAUUCCUCUCGGAGCUGUAUGUUUACCUCAUCGACCAGAUGCAUGUGUCUCUUGGUCGUGUUUUAGCCCUAGAGGACCAGCCACCUGUGCCCCAGCCACUGACCGAUGGAGCCCAACUCAAACACUUUGCCAGGGAGGCUGAGGUUAACCAGAACUUUGACCUCGCUGCGACAUACUAUAAGGAGAGAAUCGCCAGAGACAAGAAUGAUGCAGACUGUUGGUUUGACUUUGGCACUUUCAACUUGUACAUCAAUGAUAUUACAAAGGCAGAAGAGUGCUUCAAAGAAUGCAUUGCUAUCAACCAGAAACAUCUUCAAGGUCUGCUGUUGUAUGGUGUGGUCUGUAUGCUGUCUGAGAGGAACGAGCAUGCAGAGACUUUCUUUGAAGCUGCCACUUGCGUUGAGCCAAAGAGCAUCUUGGCUUGGACCAUGUUGGGUCUGUUUUACGAUGCUGUACCCAAUGAGAUUGGAGCUGAGAUGGCCUACCUGGAAGCGAACAAGUUAAACUUGGCCAAGGCUGCUGCGCUGGCCCGGGCUGCACGUGAUGAGGAGGAAGAGAAGAGAAAACUGGACGAGGGAGACAUGACUGGGGAGACUGGUCGAGAUGCAGAGGGUCUGAUGCAGUCCUCGGAGGGGGGACUCUCCGUGCCCAACCUUGAGAUCAAGGCUGCCACACCCGACAAAGCCUCGCCCACCUCUGCCAGACAGAGAAACUCUGCAGGUAAAAGAGAAUCAGUUCCUGGUGGUUUAUCUGUGGCAGGCUCUAUUUCCAAACCCAUCUCUGCCAAGUCCACGGGCCUGGCUCCGUCUCGGCCCGGGAGCCAGCAGCGAGGCGGGAGUCGCACACCACAGGAGUCUGAGCACCAGGAGGAGCCCCCUCCCCGUGAGCCCACGCCCGUCCCUACCUCCAGCAUCUUCAUGCAGGCAGUGGACUGGCUACUGGAGGUCAAGGCAGUGCCGUUCACUGAGAGGGCUCUGGCCCAUGAGCUUUUGACGUGCAGCGGAGGACCCAAUGCUUCCUAUCACAUCUCCCUGGCACGACUCCGGCUUCAGAAAGGAGAAUACGCAGAAGCUGAGGAGAACCUGAAUGAGGCACUGCAGUUUGACUUCCAGAACCCUGACGCAUGGUCACUGAUGGGCCAUGUGAAGUACAUGACCGGAGACUGCGCCGUUGCGAGGGACUGCUAUGAACGAACUCUGUCUUUUGUCAAUGAUGCCAGUGAGAUGCACUCGAUCUACUUGCGACUUGCAUCAAUAUACUUGCAGGAGAAGAGGUUCCAAGAUGCCAAGACCACAUUCCUCAUGGCCUGUAAGAAAUCCCCAUCUUGCGUCUCAUGGCUCGGAGUUGGCAUCGCUUGUUAUAGGCUGGAUGAACUAUCUGAGGCAGAGGAUGCCCUGUCCGAGGCAAACGUGCUCAACAACAAUGACCCGGAGGUGUGGGCUUACCUGUCCCUGGUCUGUCUCAAGACCAACCGCAGACUGGAGGCUGAGCAGGCUUACAAGUACGCAGUCAAGUUGAAUCUUGAGGAAGGUCCACUCCUGGCAGAGAUCCACCAAGAACAGAUCGCCUAUGGGUUUGGCAAUCCAGCAUUCUAGGGGCAGCAUUUUUUUCCUGAUUGCCCGAGUACUGUGAUAUAAUAUAAUAGAAAGGUUGUUUUUAUGACGAAAAAUGUAUUCCUAGACACUCUAUCCGACAUUUUCCCCUGUCCUAGCUUGACAAGUUUUAAUGAGUAAUGCCAGCAUUUUUCACAUUUGUUUUUUAAUGACAUAAACUGACCAGAAUGAUGAGAAGUGCUGCCCCCCCCCCCCUCCCCCCCACUCCAAAUGAAUCCCUUCAUCUAUGCUUUUUUUAAAGUGAUUCAAUUCUGAAUGCUCGUAAGAACAAGUGAAGCGUACUGUUACGAACUGGGAGAGGAAGUUUUUAGCACAAGUUACUGCUUUUCUUCCAAAGGCAGGAAUCUGCUUCUGAUUUUCUUACCUUGAUUCUGAAUGUACCGGUACUGAGUUGACCAAAUUCUCAACUCUCUGCAGUAGUAACUUUAUCUAAAGAUAAAGGCGUGGCAGUCUUCCUUUACCGCAAGAAAUAAGACGAAACAAGAAAAUAAAACUUACUUGUUCACAUGAGAAAAAUUCUGCUAUCAAUUUCAAAGAAAGGCAGUCAAUGGUCAGCAUUGCUGUCUUUCCGAGCCAUAGUGUAUGCAUGGUUUCUGUGUAUGGUUGUCAUGCAUUUUUUUUCAGUUACAAAAUCUACUCUGAAAUGAAAUGUAUGGACCAAAGUUUGUGAAAUCUUUAAAGAAUAUUCUCAGUAGAGAGAGAUUCUCAUGGUGCAUUCCGCCUUUGAAUUGUUUUCAAAGCAUUUUUAGAAAGGUAAAAAGAAAAUGUUUUCUCACCUUUGCUAUUGGGACAAUAUUUUUUUUUAAUUUUUACUGUGUAACUUUCCUUCUAUUUAUAGAAAAAUGUUUAUUUUUUGGCUGUUUUGAAAUAUAGUUGAACAAGUGAAAAUGUUCUUCACAGCUUUAACUUGAAGAUGGCAAUGCUGUUUUUUGAUAUGUAAAAAAAAAAAUUUAGUAAGCAUCAAUUACAUUUUUUUCCAGUGCCUCAAAACGGUACUUUUGCAUGUACAAAAAAAUUUUAUUACUGAAAGAAAUAUUCACAAUUUGACAUGCAGGCCGAUCAGUACAUUUUAUGACUUUCUGUAAAUAUACACAUCAUCAGGUUACUAAGAGUCGGCCUGUUAGUUGGUCUAUAUAAUUUAUUGCCUUCAGGAACAUUCCUUUAUUCCAGCUUUUAUCGUCAUCUCAGAUGCCUUCCUGUCCGUCCACAAUGUUCUGAAACAUUUUGAAAAUAAAUUGUUUUUGUGAUAAUUAA